AAGGCAAAGAACAGGAUUGGUUAUUGUUUGGCACUGGGAAACUGAUCUGCUAGGAUUCAGUAUAAGAGCACUAAGCAGCUAGAAGAUAAACUGAAAGAAGUCUUCAAAGGAAAGGAGGUGGAAGGCAGAGGCAGUGAAAGGAAAUUAUGAGUAGCUUGUAAUUUAGAGAAAGACUAUUCUUGGCAUAGGUCAAAAAUAAUUCUUUGUUGCUGUUAUGUUUACACUUCCUGUGAAAACAGAGAAUGGAAUCAGACAAGUCUUUUUAUUUUUUAAUGAAACUAGUAAAACAGCUAAUAAAGUAAAAUAUGUAUGAAUAUUGAAUGCCCAUUCUAUAUUACAAUAGCUGUUUGUUUCCUUCUCUAAUCACUGCUUUUAAUUAAAGUCAUUGAGUAUUUGUUUUGCUAUUUCCCAAAAACCUAUGACAUUCAAGAAGGCAAGGACCCGCUUAAUAAAUUUCAGUAGUUCUCCUCAGGAGAAAGUGUAAUUUAGUGGUUCAGCUGAGGGAGUUGGUGUCACAGAGACCUACACAUGAGUGUGGGCUCUGAAAUAUAUUGUCUCUUAGGAACUUGCCUAUGAAAUAGAUGUCAUUAUUGUGAGGAGUAAACAUAUAUUAUAUUUAUGUCUUAGCAGCCAGAAGUCAAAUCUAAGGACACUGUGUCAGGUACAUUAUUGAAUAUUCAAGAAAAUACAAGGAUAAUAAUUUUUUCACAGUAAAUUUGUUCUAAUAAUACUGGAUAAAUGUUAGUUGGAAGAAAGAAUUGUCUCUAAAAGCCAAAUCAACCAAUUCCAAGGGAUAAACAAACGUUUCUUCUUCCACAGGGAAAGCAAUCUCUGAGGAAAUGGUCUGGAGGGAGUCUCUGCCUUAAUAAUGACAUCACUGAGCUUUGUAAUCAAGAUACAGCUCUGAUGUCCCAUCACUUACCACUCAGGAAAAGGUGCUGUCUCUUUCCUAGAAGCAGGAGGAGCCUUUGGACAGAUCAGUACCUGGAAUUCAAAUUCUUCAGUGCGGAGUAAUGAGGUGAAUUAGAGGCUCUGAUCCUUUGAUGUGUUCUGGGAGGAGAGGGCUCAGAGUUCAAAGCUAGCAUCUUGUAUUCAAAGGAUCGUUUUCCUCCCCCGGACAAUUUGGACAAGAGUUAGUAGAGUAUAGCAUUAUAGCUCUAAACAAAGCAAGGUGAGUCACAGCCUGACUCUGAUCAGUCAGCCAUGUAAGGUGGUGGUUAUAACAAACCAUGAGCGUCAGACCACCCAAGUUCACUUUCUGGUUGCAACUCAGUACUUUUGGGACUCAGGGUUAGUUACUUAAUCUCAGUUAUUUUAUCUGUAAAAUGGAGGUAAUGAAUUUGCCUUAUAGCUCUUAGAUUAGAGCUUCUUACAAUAAUCACUAAAUGAAUGCUGGCUUAAAAAUAUUCUUACAGCCACUUGAGCUAAUAGAUCUUGGAAAUAAAUGACCUCAUCUCCUUGAUCACCCAGAGGUGGAGGCUCUGAGCAGAGCCACGGUGGGCGCUGGCUGUCAGGGCUUGUUGUGGGAAAGAGGUCCAAGUUUCAGUAACUGAGGCAGAGACAGGAGAGGAAAGGACAUACUCAAGGGACUGACUUGAAAGGCAUUUGGCUUACUUUUGGUGCCACUCACUUCAAUAGAACCAACCCUCAUUCCGGAAGACACAUUUAGCCUCCUGUUGUGCUCAAGUCACUUCAUAGUUUGCUACUAUCCACAGCAAAUAGCAAAAACUUACCUAUCAAAGUUCAAAUCUCUCUCUGUGCAUUACUUUUUCAAGAAUGGGAGACAGGUUCUGGGGAGGUAGCAGUGAUGUUUCUUUCUCUGUGUGUGAUCCUCUUCUUUUGUCCUUCCAGACCUCCCUUCUCUCUCCCUGGAGGAGAAUGGCAACCAAAAACUCCUCCGUGACAGAGUUUAUCCUUGCAGGAUUGACAGAUCAGCCAGAGCUCCAGAUCCCUCUCUUCUUCCUGUUUCUAGUUUUCUACCUGGUCACCGUGAUGGGAAACCUGAGUUUGGUAACCCUGAUUGGACUGAACUCUCACCUUCAUACUCCCAUGUACUUCUUCCUCUUCAACUUGUCCUUCAUAGAUUUCUGUUACUCCACCACGAUCACCCCAAAAAUGUUGAUGAGCUUCGUUUCAGAGAAGAACACCAUCUCCUAUCCUGGGUGCAUGACUCAGCUCUUCCUCUUCUGCUUCUUCGUCAUCUCUGAGUCCUUCAUCCUGUCAGCCAUGGCAUAUGACCGCUAUGUCGCCAUCUGUAAACCCUUGGUGUAUGCUGUCACCAUGUCUCCCCAGGUGUGUUUACUCCUUUUGUUGGGUGUCUAUGGAAUGGGGUUUGCUGGGGCCAUUGCCCAUACUGGAAGCAUAAUGAGUCUGACCUUCUGUGCUGACAACUUUGUCAAUCACUUCAUGUGUGAUCUCCUUCCUCUCCUUGAGAUCUCCUGCGACAGCUCUUACGUGAAUGAGCUGGUGGUCUUUGUUGCUGUGGCCAUUGACAUCGGACUGCCGUUAGUCACUAUCUUCAUUUCUUAUGCCCUCAUCCUCUCCAGCAUUUUUCACAUUCAUUCCAAUGAGGGCAGAUUCAAAGCCUUCAGCACCUGCAGCUCCCACAUGAUUGCUGUUUCUUUAUUCUUUGGUUCUGGUGCUUUCGUGUAUCUCAAACCACCUUCCAUUUUGCCUCUUAACCAAGGGAAAGUAUCCUCUCUGUUCUAUACCAUUGUGGUGCCCAUGUUAAACCCAUUAAUUUAUAGUUUGAGGAAUAAAGAUGUCAAAGUUGCUGUCAGAAAAACCUUGUACAGAAAAAUAUUUUCAUAG